AGAAAUUGAGAUAGGUACCACGUAUCGUGUGCACACUCCUCGCCGACCUCAUAAUAAUAAUAAUAAUAAUACCAUCCUUUCUAAUAUAACAGUGUGUAAACUCAACAAUACUGUGACAUUGUGCGCCUGUGAUCGUUAAAAAAUGAAGUGAUUGUGUGUUAAGUGUGAUUAAGAACCUAAAAAAGUGAAAAUUGGACUAUUGGUGUAGUACCAAAGAGAAAUCUUAUAGAUCGGAUAAGAACGAAGAACAAGGUUAUGAUCGUGGUUUUUCUCUUCCUCCUUUCUCUCGCCAGUAUUAAAGCGUUACCUCAAGGUGCCCCUACAAAAGUAUGCGGCACCAUAAGACCUUUCCAUGGGGGUGGAAUACCUCCACAGACUGAUACUUCUCCUUAUUCUAUAUACAUGAGACGGCAAGGAGGAAACGUGAUUGUCACACUUAAAUCAGACCUCAACAUUCCAUUCCAAGGUUUCAUGUUACAAGCAAAAACACCCAACAGAGAACUUUUGGGAACCUUCCAACCUAUCGGAAACGAAGCUCAUACUAUUGAUUGCGUUCAGUCCGAAGACACACUAACACACAAUGCUGCUCAAAAUAAAGAUAUGAUUGAGGUCGAGUGGCAACCACCUGAAGAUUACGAAGGACCCGUGAUAUUCAAUACUACUUUCGCUCAGAAUUACCAGACAUUCUGGGUUGGAGUUGAGUCACAACCUCUGCGCGUGGGAAAAAGGUUUGCUGAUGAUCCCGUGCCUAACGUACCUAGUAGGAGCAAAUCAACUACUCCUCCAAACUUUUUCCCUGACACCGUCAAACAGUCUGAAACUGUUUUUGAUCCGUUUUACGAAGGAUGUAGCGUAAGCAAGCUAUGUUUUGGGGCUCCUGCUAACUGCGUUAACUCAAAAAAUUGUAAAGCUGUGGCUGCUGUUACUGUAAGUGGUGACAGAUACGAAUUUGAGAUGAAAGCCAAUGUAAAUCCGGGAUGGGUAGGUGUAGGUUUAUCAGACGAUGCCAAAAUGGGUGAUGACUCUGUUAUUGAGUGUGUGCGAGACGGAAAUCGUCCUAUUAAAGCCUUUAUGUCGUGGACUAGUGGUUCACCAAAUUUUGGGGCAGCUAGAGUUCGCAAUCCUCAAUUAGGAAUUCGUCUAUUAAAUAGUAGCGUAGUAAACAACGUAAUAUACUGCAAAGUAGCGAGAGACCUAAAAACUAAAGUCAAUGGUAAAGAUUUUGACUUAGCUAAUGAUAAGUACCACUUGUUAGUAGCAGCUGGUUCGGACGUCACUGCUACGUCAGUAGGAUUCCACUCUUUAGCUUAUCUAGCUAGUGGUGAAAAGAAAUCACUUUCGGACGUGUCAGCCGUUGCUGCUGCGUCUAAACUUUUGAUAAGAUUACAUGGUUCCUUUAUGUUAGCAGCCUGGAUUGGUACAGUUUCUGUUGGGACACUUUUAGCCCGGUAUUAUCGUACCACGUGGGUUGGAAGUUCCAUUUGUGGUAAAGACAUAUGGUUUGCUUGGCAUAGAAUGUUUAUGGUUCUCACAUGGGCACUAACGGUUACAGGAUUUGUUUUAAUUUUUGUCGAAGUGAGGGCAUGGUCACCUGGUCCACACCCAAUUUUAGGCACUAUAACGACAGUUUUAUGUUUCUUGCAACCUAUAGGAGCAUACUUUAGGCCACAUCCUGGAACUCCAAGAAGACCUAUUUUUAACUGGAUUCAUUGGUUUGGUGGAAACGCUGCUCACAUUAUUGGCAUUGUAACCAUAUUUUAUGCUGUUAAAUUAGCCAAAGCUGAAUUACCAGAGUUUAUGGAUUGGAUUUUAGUUGCCUAUGUUGCUUUCCAUGUCGUAGUUCAUCUAGUGUUAUCGAUUAUAGGAUGCAUAUCUGAAAAAUCGUCAGAAAGGAGGGUGACCUCUUUCCCAAUGAAAGAUUUGGGUGGUUCCGGUAGGAGUUCUGCUUACGCAGAUCGAAAUGCGGAUGCCCCGUACUCCGGAUUCCGGAAGUUUAUUUUAGCCAUCUACAUUGUAGUAAUAUUGGCGAUUGUUGUCGCAUUAAUCGUAAUCACAGCAUUAGCGCCAAUCGAAGAGUCGUGGCAAAACUUAAGAGAUUCGGUGAUGAAGUCGGAAUAGUUAGUAUCAUACAAACGUAUUGUUGGAAAGUACCAAAUAAAAUGACAUCGUGCAACUCAUAACAUAUGACUGACUUAUUUUAUAACAGUUGUUUUACAUUACUAAGAUUUUAACAAAAUUGUACAUCUUAAAUCUGGUGCUUGCAUGAAAUAUAUGAAUGAGUGCAAUAGUGAAGAUUUUGGAAUUUUAAGUUUGUUAUGUGUAUAGCUGUGUUAAAUAUGUUUAAGUACCGUUUCAUAUUUAAGUUACCUAUAUGCACUGGACAAUCAGUGAAAACACAAUUAAUUUAUAUAUUAUGUAAUUUGUACGUAGAUGUCGAACAGUAAUUACUACCACGUAAAUAUUUUUUUAAUAUAUUGUUAGUUCGAAUACGUCAGAUAAUUGUUAGAUUAUAAUAAAUGUUAGAUGUUAUAUACGGUUGUAAAUAAAAUUUAUAAUUUAUGAAUGUAUGUUUUUCAAAUUAACAGAACUAAUUAGCGGAGACAAUAAAUAUUUUGUCAUGCCAUCUUAGUAUAAAAUUGACAAUAGAAGACAUUUUUGUGAUUUUAGUUGCUUUAUAUUCUUGCGAAGAAAAUAACUCCAUAGCAUAAAAUAUGUAUCUGGAUGGAAUAUGGGCAACAUUAUCAUAAUUAUGUUUUUCAUUUUUCUGUAACUCUAUUUACCUAAUUUAUCGCAAAUUGCAAUACGCACAUCCCAUCAGUUAAUACUUAUCAAUGUUUUAUAAAAACACUAUAAUAUUAACUAAAAUAUGUAUGUCUAUUACAUUUCCGUCCUUAUUAUAUUUCUGUUGUCUGUCAUUUUUAAAAACGAGGGAGCAGCAAAUUUUUAAAUGUACCUAAAUUUUAAA